AUCUUUCUCAUUGCUUAAUCUUCUUCGUUGAAAUAAAAGACGAGGAAAGAUGGUGUUGGCGGAGCUCGGCGGACGUAUUACACACGCUAUACAUCAGAUGCGCAACGCCACAAUCAUCGAUGAAAAGGCUCUGAAUGAAUGCUUGAACGAGAUCACUCGUGCUCUUCUUCAGUCCGAUGUUUCGUUUUCCCUUGUCAAGGAGAUGCAGACCAACAUUAAGAAGAUCGUCAACCUCCAGGAUCUAUCUGCCGGCCACAACAAGCGCCGGAUCAUUGAGCAGGCUAUCUUCAGUGAACUGUGUAAGAUGCUGGAUCCGGGAAAGCCUGCCUUUUCCCCCAAAAAGACCAAACCUAGCAUUGUUAUGUUUGUCGGAUUACAAGGUGCUGGAAAAACCACCACGUGCACGAAGUAUGCUUAUUAUCAUCAGAAGAAAGGCUACAAACCAGCUCUAGUCUGUGCUGAUACUUUCAGGGCGGGUGCUUUUGACCAGCUGAAACAGAAUGCUACUAAGGCUAAGAUCCCCUUUUAUGGAAGCUACACUGAAUCAGAUCCUGUGAAAAUUGCUGUUGAGGGAGUUGAUAGGUUCAAGAAAGAAAACUGUGAUCUUAUUAUUGUUGAUACCAGUGGUCGCCAUAAACAAGAAGCUUCUCUCUUUGAAGAGAUGCGUCAAGUUGCUGAAGCAACGAAACCCGAUCUUGUUAUAUUUGUCAUGGAUAGCAGUAUUGGUCAAGCUGCGUUUGAUCAAGCUCAGGCAUUUAGGCAAAGUGUUGCUGUGGGAGCUGUGAUUAUUACCAAGAUGGAUGGCCAUGCCAAGGGUGGUGGUGCUCUUAGCGCUGUUGCAGCUACAAAAAGCCCUGUGAUAUUCAUUGGAACAGGAGAGCAUAUGGAUCAGUUUGAAGUCUUUGACGUCAAACCAUUUGUCAACCGUCUCUUAGGAAUGGGUGAUUUGUCUGGAUUGGUAGAUAAACUACAAGAGGUGGUACCUAAAGAUCAACAGGCUGAGUUUGUGGAAAAGAUUUCCAAGGGUAACUUUUCAAUGAGAAUGAUGUACGAGCAGUACCAGAGUGUCCUGAGCUCCGGGCCACUUAACCAGUUGUACUCAAUGCUGCCUGGAGUUAGUGCCCAAAUGAUGCCGGAAGGAGAAAGCGAGGCUAAGAUAAAGCGAUACAUGACAGUGAUGGAUUCUAUGACAAAUGAAGAGCUGGAUAGCUCAAACCUGAAGGCGUUUAACGAGUCAAGGAUAAUGCGGAUAGCGAGAGGGUCAGGGAGGAUUGUAAGAGAAGUGAUGGAGGUGUUGGAAGAGUACAGGAAGAUGGCAAAGACAUUUAGCAACUGGAAAGGAUUCAAGAUGCCAAAGAAUGGAGAUAUGAGCUCAAACAAGAGCGCUCAACAGCUGAUGAGCAAAGUCAUGUCGCCUCAGAUGCUGCAGCGGUUUGGUGGCAUGAGUGGUCUGCAGAGCCUGAUGAGGCAGAUGGGAACAAACAUAUGAUCAGACAAAUAGUAGUUUAUUUAUACCUUCCACAGCCAAAGUUUUAGACAUUUUUCCCUUUUCUUCUUCUGGAUUUUUUAAAGUACAAAAAUCCCCACAUGGCUAACAAGAUUGAUGACAAAGCUUAUAGUUAAUAUGACAUGGACAAUCACAUUUAUUAUUGACA